UUUUUCUCCAUGGAUCUCUUCCGCGGUCAACAAACCAGAGGCGGAAGUAAACACAGGCUGUUGUUCUCCUGGCUGAGAGGGAAAGCAGAAUGGCGGAUGAGGAGGAUGAGACCGGCUUCGACGAAGAGUUGGACGACGGCGCCGGCGGGCUGGACGUCGGCCACGGGAAGAGGAAGAGGCUCUUCUCCAAGGAGCUGCGGUGCAUGAUGUACGGCUUCGGGGACGACCAGAACCCGUACACGGAGUCCGUGGACAUCCUGGAGGACCUGGUGAUCGAUUUCAUCACGGAAAUGACCCACAAGGCCAUGUCCAUCGGCCGCCAGGGCCGCGUCCAGGUGGAGGAUAUCGUGUUCCUGAUCCGCAAGGACCCGAGGAAGUUCGCCAGAGUCAAAGACCUGCUGACCAUGAACGAGGAGCUGAAGAGAGCCCGGAAGGCUUUCGAUGAAGCCAACUAUGGCUCGUAAAGUCACCCCGGGACACUUCAUAUACACAACAUGGCUGUUUAGUUUGUUUACAUGUGUUUGGACUGCUGUCGGGGACUGUUUUCAAAUAAAGUAACCCUUAUAUGGUUUUAUCACA